AUGGCUGAGUGGGCCAAUUUGACGGCCAUGAACGCAUUCAAUGUCUUUGGCGGUUGCGAACGUUCCUUCUCGGAGAUAGAAAAAGUGGCCUCGCAACUCAUCCCCAUCGGCGACUCCAUAGGUUUCGGCUCAAACGUGGUCAAGUUGUUCAAGAGAUGGGGCGUGUAUGAUGAUCUCUGGGCAAUAGCUUCCAGAGCCACCACAACUGUGGCUCACGAUUUCAAGGGCGACGUCCUCGGCGUUGACCACACGAUUGGAGAGUCGGAAGCAAAAUACGGUUACGCGGGAAUCAUUGGCCACCGAGGGGAUCUGCAGAUGAUAUUCAUGGACCAUUGUACGAAGAAUGGUCCCAGCGUGACACUUCCGUCCGGAGAAGAAUUGGAGGUGGACACCGUCAUUGCAUCUGAUGGCGUCAAGAGGUUUGGGAGGGAACAAGUUCUGGGAUGGGUUGACAAGCCCAUCCACAGCGGCUACGCCGUGUAUCGAGCGUACAGUAGGGCGGAUGCCUUCAAAAACGAUGAGCUAGCGAAGCAUUUCGUGAACGAUGGAGACUGUGUGCGCGUCUGGGUAGGUCCUGACAUGCAUGGGUUUGUCACCUCGCAGAGAAACGGCGAGGAGAUCAACGCGGUCCUUACCCACAAGGAUUUCGCCGACAUAGACGAGGGCUUGAGCGUCCGCGGCAAGAGACAAGACGUUCUGAAGCCGCUCUCAGGCUGGGACCCGGCCUUUGUGCGGGUGUGGGAAAAGAUCGACAACAUCCUCGACUGGAAGCUCGUGUACCGGCCCUGCCUCGAGAAAUGGGCCAUAGAGGAUGCCGCAACGGUCGCAUUGUGCCUCGCCAAGGCAGGUAAGGGUAACGUCCCGCUGGCACUCCACACCUACUUCGAGCUGCGGCAUGAUUAUGUGGCCAAGGCACAGAUGAUGGGCAUAACGCAGAGGGAGAAAUGGCACAAUGGGCAUGACAAGGAAAGCGGUGUCCUUGACCCCAAGUUUGAUAUAUUGGCAAAAGGUUUGCUGGACAGUUAUUAUUUGUGGGAGAACGAUUGCGAGCAGGUGGUCGAGACCAAAUGGGAUGAAGUCUCGGCAAAGACGCCCCGUCUGAGGCCCUGGGUCGACUGGGAGCAAUGGUCCAAGGAAUACAACAGCCCUAUGAUCACGAUCUGGAAUGGCAGCCGGCCCAGUAUCAUCAUAAACGAGGCUUGGACCAUCUCAGAACUCUUCGACAAACGCGCAGAUAUCUACUCGUCGCGGCCACGAAUGUACGCUAUGGGCGAUAUGGUGGGCGCCACCGAGACGAAUCAAGUGUGUCUGGUCUACGGCGACCAAUGGAGGCUCCACCGGCGACUGAUGCACACAGCCGUGGGGAGCCAGGCAAUCAAGGCUCACCGGCCUUUCCAAGGAGACGAGUCCAAGGUGCUUGCCUUGGAUCUCCUUGAGCGACCGGGCGACUAUGUAAAGGCCGUCGAACGCUAUGCCUGCUCCGUCGUCUCCAUCAUCGGUUGGGGCCAACGGAUCGAGGACACAAACCACCCCACCGCUCAAGUCGCCCUGUCUUUGAUGGAAGGCGUCGAUCUGGUUGUCCCGUGCUGGCAUAUCGUCGAGGUGAUUCCCGCGCUGCUGCGCGUCCCGUCCUGGCUUUACUCCGUGCCCAAAACGGCAAUGCAGGGCUCCAACAUGAUAGCAGACUUCUUCAGCCGUCUUACCAAGGAGGCUGGGGCCACAGGAAAAGCCAACUUUGCGAGUCGUGUGAUGCAUAGCCACGCACAAAAAGGAAUCAAUGAGGCGGAAAUCGCGUCCUUGACUGGCAACCUCAUUGGCGGCGGCGUUGACACGACCAGCGGCUCUAUCAUCAGUUUCAUCCUCGCCAUGUGCGUGUUCCCAGAAGUGCAGCGCAAGGCUCAGGAGGAACUCGACCGCGUGGUCGGAAGGGAGCGGUCGCCGAACUGGGACGACGACGAGGGCUCACUGCCAUACAUAGCGGCGCUGAGGACAGAGGUCCUGCGGUGGCGGACCGUAGCCAUCCUCGGGGGCAUCCCACAUGCGCCCAUCCGGGACGAUGAGUACUGCGGAUACUUUAUCCCGAAGGGCACCCCCAUUCACGGCAACGUCUGGGCCAUUCACAGGAACGCCCGCGAGUACCCCGCGCCCGACUCGUUCCGCCCGGAGCGUUUCCUCGGCGGACUCGAGCGGCCGUACCCGAACAAAAAAGGGCACAGCGCGUUCGGAUGGGGACGACGAGUGUGCAGCGGGCAGCCGCUGGCCGAACAAGGCCUCUUCAUGACACUCGCACGGCUGCUGUGGGCCUUCGACAUCCAGCCCGGCGCCGAUGACAAGGGCCACUUGGCGACGCUUGACAUCUUCAAGUACAUCAACUCCGAAAACAUGCGGCCAGAGCCCUUCGCGGCACGCUUCACCCCGCGUACUCCCGAGAUUGCAGAUAUAAUUCGCCGGGAAGCCGAUGAGGCCAGAGAGGCUCUAAGCGUCUACGUGUAA